AUGCUACGUUUGAUUGCAUGGCAUACUCCGAGAAAUGAAUGCUUAAACUAUGUCACUCGUGCUGUUCGUGUUACUGAUCAAAUUCUCAUAAGCAUGGCUACUAACAGACAAUCAGUCGUUGACGCUUUGGUUGACAGACUUGCAUACGAGGUUGAUAUUGUACUUAGUUCAUCGCCUAACGAUAUAGUUGCCACUCAGCUUUCAUGUCCAAGCAAAGCUAAUCUUAUAGGAAAAACGGAAGCCUUUCCUAUCCCAGUUCAGACUAUUCAGGAAACCCAACUUGGUGCCAGUAACCAACAGGAUAUCGUUGAAAAUUCAUUGAAUGAGUUUGGACAUAUCGCAUCCUCAGCCAAUGAUCUUUCUCCAUCUGGUGCUUUUAAUACCCAGCGGUCUGGACUAAUGAAGUCAAUUCUCAAUCUUCUAAAACGUCUUUGCCUGGACACUGAUUGGAAUGAUGCCAUUCGCAAUGUAAUGGAGACUGAAAAUCGAUUGCCAAGUGUCAUGCGCCGUAUUUUUACAAAUGGCCAUUCACAUUUUACACCACAUUUGGCUCUCUUUGCAAUGGAGACUAUAACAAAUUAUAUUUAUACAUACCCUUCUCGGAUUUCAUUUAUGCAGGUCAUUACAUAG